GUGCAGCCCAUGGCCGACCCGCGGCUCGCGCUCGAUCUGUGGGCGUCGCACGUCCACGAGCUGCUCCUGUGCCUGCGGCUGCCGCAGAGGUCCCUGGAGGAGCUGCUGCGCGGCGCCAUCAAGCACGAGGGUCAGCCGAACGUGCUGCCGAGGUCCAUGGCGCAGCUCCGCGCGCAGGAGAAAGGGCUCGUGCGGCGACUCGUGCUGGACUCCUUGACGCAGGUGCUCUUCCCUGCCGAGGCGCUGCAGCACUGCAAGAAGGGCGCGGACUCGUUCCUGUCCCGCUGCGAACCGCUCUUCGCCCACCUGCUGAGGCUGGCGCACGCGAACCCGGCGCGGCGGUUCCGCCGCCUGGCGCACGUUUUCGCGGACUUUAACUACUUGCAGAACGAGGCGUGGACCCUCGACCAGGAGCUGAAGACCACGUUCGGGGCGAACCUGCCGCACGCGCGGCCCUGCUGGGUGUUCAUUUUCCAGCACUGCCUGCAGGCCAUGAUCGCGAAGCUGCUGCUCGGCUUCGAGCUGGAUCUCUACGACCAGUUCGAGUUCCACAUGAUCUAUUGGUAUGUGGAGUACCUGUUCGGCCUCCGGAUCUAUACUCUCAACGAGGUCUACCACGCGAAGGAGCAGCCCGCCGGAGGGGCUUCCAAGGCGAAGAGGGGCCCGCAGAAGCACCAGCAGGGCGCCCCAGGCGGCCUGCGGCCGAAGAGCCCGCCGCCGUCCCUGUUGCUUCUGGAGGCGACGCAGGCGUCGACGCGCGGGCUGUUCAGGCUGCUGGCCUUCUGCCUGCACGGGCGCCUGCUGCGCGGGCCGCCCGCCCCCAGCGGCGGCCUGGAGCAGCGGUUCGUCCUGAGGUUCCGGCCGCUGGAGCACUUUCGGCUGCCCAACCUCCCGCUGUUCAGCCAUUUCGAGAAGUCCUGCGCCUCCGUCUCCUCGCAGCUGCCAGGCCAGGAUAAGGUCGUGCUCGACGCCGCCGCGGCCUCGCUGGGCGAGGGCGCCCAGCUGCUGGACCGCGUCGCGGCCGCCCGCGGGGACGCGGAGCAGCUGCAGCCCCUGCUCGAGGAGGCCAAGGCGAUGAAGCGGGUCGUUGUCGCCAACCAGUUGGCGGUCACGAGGAACCUUAGGUUCGACGAUGAAGCUCUCCUGCGCGGAACGUUCUCCACGGACGCGCUGAGACAUUGGGGAGCAAUUCUCGACGUCAACAAUGGAGGCGGUGAUUGGUACAGCCUGUCAGAGCCCGCCGAUCACGUGGACGUAUUCGUAUCCCAUAAUUGGUCCAACUCUCGGGCCGAUAAGUUCUUGAUUCUGGCGCUUCACUUCAAUCUGAGGUUGAAGCCCUGGAACUGGAACGGCCAGUUCGCGCGGUGUUCCAACAUACUUUGA